AAGUCAAACACCUGAAGACUAAGUAGUGUAAAUCAGAAUUAUUUGUAGCAUUUGCCUCAUCAAUACAUUUUGAUCAACAAAUUAUUUCCCCCGUUCUUUCUCUCUCUAAUCUUUUAAAUUCCCUCGUUCUUUCUCUCUCUAAUCCUACCAUGGCGGAUAAACAAAUUAGUGCGAACAAUGAACGACAACAACACCAGCGACGGCGACGACGACGACAACCACAGCCACCACCACUACCACCACAGCAACCGCAACAACCACAAGUACAACCACCACAACCACCGCAACAACCACCACAACCACCGCAACAACCACCAGUACCACUGCCUUAUCCAGGUUUCAGAUUUGAUCCCUAUGAUCAUGAACUCAUUAAAUACUACCUCGAGUACAAGAUCAACGGCAAUGACUUGCGCUCUAGUCCCAUAAAAGAAGUUAACAUCUACGACCACCAUCCUCGAAAGCUCUCUGAAGAUUACCAACCACAAGGAAAGGAUGAUGUAUGGUAUUUCUUCACUACAAGGGAAAAGAAGUACAUGUAUGGAAAUCGUGCAGCCCGGAAUGCCGGUAAUAAUGGAUAUUGGAGAUGUACCGGAACUGAUAAAAAAAUCACGGAUGACAUUGAUGAGAAUAAAGUGAUCGGACUCCGAAAGCAUUUGAAGUAUUACGAAGGAAGACAGUCAGAUAAAAAUCAGAAGAAGACAGAGUGGAUGAUGCAUGAAUAUCAAACCCUAGUUCAAGCUGAAUCCUCCAAAGCCAAAACCGAAGAACUAAAGAGGAAAAGACAUGCACCUACCAGUAUGAGGUUGGAUACUGUGCUAUGCAAAAUCUAUUUCAAGAAGGAAGCAGCCCGAAAGAAGCCAGCAAAUAAAAAAACAGUAAAAGUUACAGACAUGGAUGCAGCCGGAAAUCAGCCAGAAAGCAGCCGGAAAGCAGGACAAGUUAAAAAGAAGAAAGCUGCGACACGAAAUAAGACACCAAGAGUAAACAACUCAGCUGCCAAGGACAAAGGCAAGGGCAAGGGCAAGGGCAAAGCCAAAGUGAAAGCAGACGAAAUUGAAAUGAACCAUAGCAACCAAGACUCUGACUACAACACCAGCUCCUAUGAUAGCGCAAACUCCACCACCGAAACAGAUUCAUAUGGUUGUUAUGAUCAUCUUGAUUGACAUCAAUUUCAAGCUUUAAUAAUGGUGUAGUACCGUCACAACAAUUACUACCGAUGUCGGGUUCUACCAACUUAUUUGCAUCAUCAUCGCGAUUCAUAAUGGAUUCAGGACGUAGAUUGUUAGAUUAAUGAUAAAAUUAGUUGAAUAAUAUUUUCUUUGUCAGAGUAGUCAAUAAUUUAGUGGUUUACACUAAGUCAUGGGAUAGUUUUCUGAUUUUAUUAGUUAGUGGAUCAUUGGGAAAUUAUGCUUUCCUUAAUUUUAGCU